GUCAGCUGAGCCUGCCAGCUGCGGAGCUCAAGGAUCCUUCUUCUCCUUCGCGUUAUCCUGUCCAGCCAAGCCGGAGGUGGGGGAAGCGGAAAGGAAGAAAGAAGGAAGGAAAGAAAGAAAGGGGGGAAAAAAGAGGUCUUCCCUCUCCCAAGCCCCCCAACCCAAAAUAGAGAGGCGCCACCAAGAGACGCCAUGGCACCCGCUGGCUUGAAAGCUGUGGUGGGAGAAAAGAUUAUGGCUGAUGUCAUAAAGAAAGUAAAAAAGAAGGGAGAAUGGAAGGUGCUGGUGGUGGAUCAGCUGAGUAUGCGUAUGCUGUCCUCCUGCUGCAAAAUGACAGAUAUUAUGACGGAAGGGAUAACAAUUGUAGAAGAUAUUAAUAAGCGCCGAGAGCCGUUGCCUAGCCUGGAGGCUGUGUAUCUCAUCACUCCAUCCGACAAGUCGGUGGAGUCUCUCAUUGCUGACUUCAAGGAACCCCCAAAUGCCAAAUAUCGAGCUGCGCAUGUCUUCUUCACGGACUCUUGUCCAGAUUCCUUAUUCAAUGAACUGGUCAAAUCCCGGGCAGCAAAAGUCAUCAAGACUCUGACAGAGAUCAACAUAGCUUUCCUGCCCUAUGAGUCCCAGGUUUACUCCCUGGAUUCAGGGGACUCCUUCCAGAGCUUUUACAGCCCUCACAAGGCUCAAAUGAAGAAUCCAAUUCUGGAACGCUUGGCCGAACAGAUCGCAACCCUUUGCGCCACGCUGAAGGAAUACCCGGCUGUGCGAUACAGGGGGGAUUACAAGGACAAUGCUAUGCUGGCUCAGCUGAUCCAGGACAAAUUGGAUGCAUACAAAGCAGAUGACCCAACCAUGGGAGAGGGUCCAGACAAAGCUCGUUCCCAGCUCAUCAUUCUAGACCGUGGCUUUGACCCCAGCUCUCCAGUGUUGCAUGAGCUCACAUUCCAAGCCAUGAGCUACGAUUUGCUACCCAUUGAAAAUGAUGUCUACAAGUAUGACACAAGUGGAAUCGGGGAGGCCCGGGUCAAAGAAGUCCUACUGGAUGAAGAUGAUGACCUCUGGGUUACUUUGCGCCACAAACAUAUCGCCGAGGUGUCCCAAGAAGUCACCCGAUCCCUGAAGGAUUUUUCUUCUAGCAAAAGGAUGAAUACUGGUGACAAGACCACCCUAAGGGACCUUUCCCAGAUGCUGAAAAAGAUGCCCCAAUAUCAGAAAGAACUCAGCAAGUAUUCCACUCAUCUCCACCUGGCUGAAGACUGCAUGAAGCACUACCAAGGCACCGUGGACAAACUCUGCAGAGUUGAGCAGGAUCUGGCAAUGGGCACUGAUGCAGAAGGGGAGAAGAUCAAAGAUCCCAUGCGUGCAAUUGUCCCAAUCCUGCUUGAUGCCAACGUCAGCACCUAUGACAAGAUCCGGAUCAUCUUACUCUACAUCUUUCUCAAGAAUGGGAUCACCGAGGAAAACCUGAAUAAAUUGAUCCAGCAUGCUCAGAUCCCUCCUGAGGACAGUGAGAUCAUCACCAAUAUGGCACAUCUUGGGGUACCCAUCGUCACAGAUUCCACCUUACGUCGUAGAAGCAAGCCGGAACGGAAGGAACGUAUCAGUGAACAGACUUACCAACUCUCCCGAUGGACUCCAGUAGUCAAAGACAUUAUGGAG